AUGUAUGCCGCUGCUGGAGGAGCCUCGUUGGCGUCGCGCCGCGCCGACAAAAAGAAGGCUCUGGCGCAGAAGAAAAACGAAAGCCAGCAAAAGUUGCUGCGUGAGAAGAUAGCGCAAGCAAAAGCUAGCGGUAGUCUGGAUACUCCUACGAAAAGUAAGGGUUUCCAUCAGCUACCAGCCAACUACUUGCGUCCGCCACAAGGUGUCGGCAGGAAGUUAAGUGCCACGUACACGGGCGUACAGGGUAGUCGCUUGCUGCUGCCCAUUAACGAGGGUUCGCUAAAUGACGCCGAACUCAAGAGUCCCAGUACGAGUGGCAUGUUGCAUCAUGGCUUCCAGGCAAGCGGUCUGCACCGAUCUCACACAGCAACGACGCCCUUUGCGUUUGACGAACUUGCGGCGGGUGCUGCACGUGCCUCGCCGCCCGCUACGCCAAACAUUUGCUUUCCCGCGGGCAUAGAACGUCCCCCCUUCACAGACUUUACCUACACAAACGAUCCCAUUGACAGACCAAAUUUAACGCUCACACUUCCCGGGCAGGAGCCAAUCACAAUUACGCCGGCAACUGCCAUUCCUACGCCUUUGCAUCCCGGCUUGCAUCCUACUUCCUCGAUUGCUGCGCAUCAACUCGAACGAAAGUGCAGCGUGCACCGACGAAAACUCGACCCGCACGACGAACAUUUUUACCGCACAACGACUUUCCAGACGGCACAAGAGUUGUACAAUGAGGAAUUUCGUGCGUUUCUCGCGGCACACCAAAAUCUCUUCAUGCCAAAUGGGGGUCAGAGACAACCAUGGACCGACGAUGCGUGGUGUCUCGAUCCGGAGCACCAACAAAAAGGGGUUUGCACGUGUGAUCAUCUUGAGUGCGCACAAGGACGUGCUGCCUGGUUGGAAAGAGGACGAAAAUGUAGCGUUCAGGAAGAAACUGCUUCCACACACAACCGUUACAAGCCGUGGAUACAAAGAAAUAGGGUUCAGGAUGUUUCGCUUGCCGGUUCAUCGGACGACGAUGACAUCAUCAGUGUGAUACGUGGCCCGAGCACCUUUGCAAAUGCCUUUCUCUACAUUGGUUUUGGUACGAUUGCACUUGGACUGGUGAUAGCGUUUGUGGGCACCGGAGAAAAGGGUUUUAAAACGACAGAAUUAAGACUUAUAGGUCCGAUUAUGAUAGUUGUCGGUUUUGUAUUUAUGGUAUUACGGAUCUUUUUUUGCAUUUGUCCAUCGAGUUGUAUACGACGUAACAAGGACGAGCGAAAACGGAAGAAAAACGAAAAAGACAAGAAUGAUGCGGAUCACAGGACUUCCCUACUGCGAGACAAGAGAGUUUCAAUAGCACGAACGCCAAUGGGUCCUCAUAGUAGCCAGCCAAAACUAUCUCGAUCAAACACCAAGUCAAUAGUUAAGACUAAAACGUACGAGGGUGUCGAAGCUCUCCGUCAAAUUGCUACAACGUCGCUGUUCCUGCAAAACGAAACGGAGACGACGCCUGUAGCGGAAAACAGUAGUUCUAGUUCUAAUACAAGAAAUAAGACGAGUAACAAUAAAAAUAUUAGUAAGUUAGCGACAAGUUUGGUUGUGCCGACAAUUAAAGAGCCGGACAAACAAGAAGUCGACGUGGAACUGAAACGUAUUAAUAGUAUAGACAUAGACACACUUAACGUAAUUGAUAAUACUGCAACAUCACCCAUCGAUCCACAUCCAUUCGAUCCAAAUGACGACUAUGGCAAUGAGAGCUAUAGUGAUGAGGAUGAAGAGGAACAGGAUGAUAACGAUAGCAAAAAACUAAUUGAAAGUGAUAAUGAAACUAGCAAUAGCAAAAAAGUGUCGGUGUCGGCAUCGAAUAGCAGGACGUCGUCAAUAAAGCAUUCCGAUAGUGUUCAUCAUCGCCGUAGCGGCAGUAGUAAAUUAUCACGUCAACGACUCUCAAUAAACAAUCAAAAAGUCUCACCUUCAACAACAACAACCAGCGGCGCCUUAAUACCAUCACCAACACCUUCUCAGCUCUCGACCGACAGUGGCAAAGUCAUGGAAACCUCGCUAAUGGUUCUUCCCGUUUCCGUAGUUUCGACCGCAACCACGACGUGUGCCACGCCAUCCGCCUCGUCCACGCACGUGCUAACGCAUCAAACAUCAUCCACAAGUAGUACAACCAGUGUAAGUAGUAGUCCAAGUACUGUGAUAUCUAUACCGCAAUUAAUGCAAGGCGCGACGUCAUCCGCGUCGACAAAACCGCCGCCGCCGCCCUCUUACGUUCCGUGCUCGAGCAAAGCGACGACCACAUCCAAAUUUACGUUCAACUUACUGUCACCGCCGCCGCCAGCAGCAAGUAGUUCGAGCAAAAGUAGCAGCAGUGGGUCUCACUUCGAUUUCAGUAGAGCGACAACGACACUCUUGCAACCGCUCACGUCGGCGACAGCAUCAGGGACGACAACCGCAUCAUCAACGUCUUCACGAAGCAACGGAUCAACGCACACAAGACAAGUGGCUGCUUCAACUUCUUCAUCUACUUCGACAGCUGAUACAUCGGAAAUAGUGCUAAGUCCAGCGAAAUUAGGACAACAAUAACAGUAGUUUUAAGCUUAGAUCAUAAGACCUUAGGAUAUGAAAAGAAAAUUAUUAGUUAUCACGAAGCAAAAGACCGAAAUGCGAUUUCAAAGGACCUCACUUGAUGUCAAUUUCAUACCGAAAAUAUAUUUUUUACUGUGAAAUUGUCAUCAAUGCGGCCAAAAUGUGCAUCGCAAAGUGUUUUUGUCGUGUAUAGUUUGUUAUAAUACUCUUAGGAUAUCAACUAGAUAAUAAUAGGUGGAUAAAAAAUAAAUAAAAUGAACUAAAAUACGCGUGAAAUUUAUAUAAAUGUAUCUUUAUAGAAAGAAAAAA